GCUCCCGAUGCCAGUACGGUGCAAACAGAACAGCACAGCUGCUGUCGCCCACUUGAAGGACGAAGACAACGUUCUGGAACAGAAGAAUUCGUGAUGUCACUAAGGCACUGCCUACUUCCAGCAAUGUCCACGCCGACUGCCGUGGAGGUUUCUUCAUUCCUGCUCCUCUGGCUCGCAGCGGCUGUCUAUUCUCAGGACAAGUGCCCCACCGCUUCCUGUCACCCCCAGCUCGGUGACCUCAUGGUGGGCCGAGGCGGUCGGCUUUCGGCGACCUCGACGUGCGGGCUGGAUGGACCGCAGAACUACUGCAUCAUUGGGCACUUGGAGGAUGAGAAGAAAUGCUUCAGCUGUGACUCCAGACAACCAUACAAUCGCUACACGAAUCCCCGCAGUCAUCGGAUUGAAAAUGUCAUCACGACCUUUGACCCCGAACGCAGGAUGAAGUGGUGGCAGUCAGAAAACGGAGUUCAUGAAGUCAGCAUUCAGCUGGAUUUGGAAACUGUGUUCCAGUUCAGCCACCUGGUGCUGACCUUCAAGAGCUUCCGUCCUUCUGCCAUGUUGGUGGAAAGGUCCAAAGACAACGGCAGGACGUGGACGGUCUUCCGCUACUUCGCAGAGGACUGUGGCUCCUCGUUCCCUGGGGUCCCGGUGGGGGCAGGAAGUAGCGUGGGAGAUGUCGUCUGUGACACCCGAUACUCUGGGGCGGAGCCUUCCACGGGUGGAGAGGUCGUGUUGAAAGCCCUGGAUCCGACCUUCCAGAUAAACGACCUGUACUCUCCUGAGAUACAAGAGCUCAUCACCAUGACGAACCUGCGUGUGAACUUCACGCGCCUCCUCACGCUGGGCGACACGCUGCUGGGGCGCCGGAGGAGGAACCCCCAGGACAAAUACUACUACGCGCUGUACGAGAUGGUGGUGCGCGGCACCUGCUUCUGCAACGGCCACGCCAGCCAGUGUGUGCCCGUGGACAGCCCGAGAGGCGACGUGGUCGCGGAGCCAGGCAUGGUACACGGCCGUUGUGUCUGCCAGCACAACACCGCGGGGAGCAACUGCGAGCGCUGCCGGGACUUGUACAAUGACUCCCCCUGGAGGCCGGCAGGACACUCGGACCCGCACCCCUGCAAGAAGUGCAACUGCAACGGGCAUUCGGAGAGGUGUCACUUUGACAUGGCGCGGUACAUCUCGACCGGGGAGGUCAGCGGAGGUGUCUGUGAUGAGUGUGGGAACAACCGCGUUGGCGUUCACUGCGAGCGCUGCCGCCCCUUCUACUACCGGGACCCUCGGCGGGUCCAGAAUGACCCGGAUGCCUGUGUCCCCUGCGACUGUGACCCAGUCGGGUCGCUGGUCGGAGGGCCCUGUGACCCUGGGACGGGCCACUGCGUCUGCAAGAGACACGUGGAGGGCGACCGGUGUGACAGGUGCCGCCACGGAUUCUACGGUCUGAGCAGGGAGAACCCCGACGGCUGCACCGCGUGUCGAUGUAACCCCCUGGGCAGCGUGGAGACCCCCUACCCCUGUGAUCCUGUGACCGGACAGUGUUUCUGCAAGCCCUUUGCCACGGGUCCCAUGUGUGACCGUUGCGUGUCAGGUUACUGGGGUCUUGGGAACACGGUACACUCUUGCUUGCAGUGCGACUGUGAUAUCGGCGGAUCCCAGGACAGCAGGUGCAACCCCCUGGAUGGGCAGUGCCCAUGCCGUCCCAACAUAGUGGGCCCACGGUGCAAAGACCCGGCCCUCGGCUACUUCCUGGCCCCGCUCGACUUCUACCUGUACGAGGCAGAGCUUGCGGCCCCCCUGCAGGGCAGCGCACAGUCCUUGGUAAACCCCACUGGCCUCCCCAGGUGCGAGCAGUUCUUCCGGGACCGAGGCUACGACUUUCAAUUCCGUGACGGGAAGUUCGUCCUGACCAAGCGCCGUGUCCGAAAGAGAAGGCAGGAGCAGACAUCCAUCCCUUUGUACCCGGGCUCGCCGCUGCAGAUUAUACCCCGUCAGCGGAUCCCGGGGCAACCCGUCACUUGGACUGGACCGGGAUUCGUACGAGUGCAGCACGGGGCUGGGCUCAGGUUUACGGUGAACAACCUGCCCGUGGCCCUUGACUACUACCUGGUUCUCCGCUAUGAGCCCGAGUCUUCAGACACCUGGACAGCAAAGGUGAAAGUCAUUCCCAGAACGUCAACUGCUAAGAGGAGGUGUGCCAACGACCCGGCGGACACCGCUGUGACCUUGCCAGGAUCCAGCAGGAUGGCCCUGCUGGAAACACCCAUAUGUCUCGAAGAUGAUGCGCUGUACUAUGUUGAUACCAUCUUUGAGAAACAAGGCAACCUGGAUCCAAAGCACAGUUCGCACAUCCUCAUUGACUCAAUGGGUUUGAUCCCAAGGAUGGAGUCCCUGCCGAGCUUCUGCUCGGAAACAAAACUGGAAGAGUUUGAGCGGUACCGCUGUUUGGAGGUCGCCUCGCAGCUCGGGCCCCGGAUCCUUCCAGAGGUGUGCAAGGACCUUAUUGUCAGCAUGUCAGCGCUCAUCCACAACGGUGCUGUGGCCUGCAGGUGUAAUCUCAUAGGCUCUUACAGCCAAUCCUGCAGUAAAUUCGGAGGACAGUGCAACUGCAAACCCAAUGUGAUCAGCCGUUGCUGUGACACCUGUGCACCCAACACGUUUGGGUUUGGUCCAAACGGCUGCAAACCAUGUAACUGUGACCCUCGUGGGUCUUUCCUGGAGAUGUGUGACCAGGCAUCAGGUCAGUGUGCGUGCCGCCCGGAAGUGUCGGGUCAACGCUGUGACCGUUGUCGUCCAGGGUACUUUGGGUUCCCACUGUGCCGACCGUGUCAAUGCAACGGGCUUGCUGACCUGUGUGACCCAGUGUCUGGAGCCUGUGUGGACUGCAGGGACCACGCCGCUGGACCGCACUGUGACAGGUGUGUGGAUGGUUACUAUAGCAACCUUGCCCUCGGGGAGCCAUGUCAGCCAUGCCUAUGUCCUGACACGAAAGCCAGCGGACGCUUCUUUGCCCGGUCCUGCAGCAAAGACCCAAACUCCCUGCAUGUGCUCUGCCACUGUGAACCCGGUCACUCAGGUCCUCGCUGCGAUGUUUGUUCCUCUGGUUUCUAUGGAAACCUGGCAUUACCAGAAGCACGUUGCCAGGAGUGCCAGUGCAACAACAACACUGACCCACAGGACAGGGACUCCUGUGACCCCGUAACAGGCACUUGUCUCCGGUGUCUGCACCACACCUAUGGCUCUGCCUGUGAGAGCUGUGAACCUGGUUACUAUGGCAAUGCGCUGGCUCACAACUGCAGAGAAUGUAGGUGUGACCCCCGAGGAACUGAGAUCAACAUGUGUUCCCCGGGGGGCUCCUGCCUAUGCCAGCAGUCAAGCGGGCAGUGCCCUUGUCAGCCCGGCGUGGCAGGCAUCUCCUGUGACGAGUGCCAACAAGGCUUCUGGGGCUUUGCAAGCGAGGCGGGCUGCCAGCCGUGUGACUGCCACCCUUCACAGUCACUCAGUGACCAAUGUGACAAGGUCACCGGUCAGUGUCCCUGCCACCUGGAGUUUGGUGGCAGGCACUGCGAUGAGUGCGGGGAAAACUUUUUCCAGACUCCUGACCUGCAGUGCAUCUCUUGCGACUGUAACGUGGACGGCACCGCGAGACCAUCCUGUGACCACCACACAGGCGAGUGCCUCUGUCGGCCUGGCGUGGCUGGCUCCUUGUGCAGUGAGUGCGCCCCAGGACACGGGCCCCCCUUCCCAGAUUGCGCCAUCUGCCACGACUGCUGGAACCUGUGGGCUGAAAAUGUGACCAUGCUGCAAGGCCAGGUCGAGAGAAUCUCCGCCGUGGUCAAGCAGCAAGAUCCCCAGCUGCACCCCAGCUACAGCCCUUGGUUGAAUAAGCUGGAUGCCAUGCUGGACAAUAUUAGGAGUCUGAUCAGGGACCCCACUGCUGAGACCGAGAUGACCGAAAAGCUCUAUGAACAAAUCAAAACAUUCAGAGACGCUAUCGAUCCUCACAUAAUAUUCGACACGUCUCCGCUUCUGAACACUCACAUUGACAACAUAAGAAAUGAGUUCCACAAACUGUUGGGAAAACUAGAAAAAGUGAAGCCCAAUGAAUACGGAGACCUCAAGGUGUUGGAAGAGGCCCUGCGGAAGAUCAGGAAGUACCAUGCGGAGGUCAAGGAAGCAGAGGAGCAGUGCAAAGAUGCGAAGGCCAUGCUGGCCGCAUCCAGGCAGAAGAGGAAGGAGGCAAAAGACAAAUUGGACAGCCGGCUUGUGGAGGACUGGGACGCUCUGGAGAGGAAGGUGAAGGCCCUGAAUGUCACCAAUCUCUAUGAAGAGAAUGUUACGAAGCUGCCAGAGCAGACCAAGAGUGGCAUCACCCGUGUGCUCCUCAGCCUCAGCGACUCGGAGAGGAAGAUCCAGGAGGCCAAAAAGAAGUCACAGGACACAAAGUCAAAGGCGGAGGAACUGAAGAAGAAGAUUGACAGGAACCUGGAAAAGUUUGAAAGAGAAAAAAAUAACACCAAGGAUUUGAUAAAGCAAGUGAAGGACUUCCUUACAGAUGAGAUGGUCAAGCCAGAGGACAUCGAGAUGGUGGCCACAGCGGUCCUUGCCAUCCAACUGCCGAGCUCUCCAGAGGAAAUCAGGGACCUGAUCAACAAGAUCCGGAGCAUCCUGGUCAACAGCACUAAGCUCCUGGAGGAUCUGGAGCGAUUGCGAGAAGAUGCUAGAACUGCCCAAGACCUGUUGCAGAGGGCCAAGGAGGUCCAGAACAAGACUCGAUCCAUUGACGUCAGCAGAAUUAAGAAAGCUUUAAAAGAUGCAGAGGACAUACAAGAUAAUGUCAGCAGGUAUUUGGGGAAUGCCAAGAACAACAUAAAUAGCACAACCAAACAACUUGAAGAGAUGAAUGCGAAACUGAAUGACACAGAGACGGUUCUUAAUGUGUCAAGAAUCAAAGACUUAGUGGAGCAAGUUGAAGUGCUGAAGAACAAAACGGAGAUGAAUCGCCUGCAAGGACAGGAAGCGAAGGCUGCUGCCGAUUUGGCCCUGAAGAACGCAACGGCCACGAAAACGCUCCUUGAUGAGGUGAACACCCUCUUUCAAGAACUGGAGAAGAAGAAGGACAAUGGCACAAAGGAACUGGUGGAUGAGAGACUGAAAAACAUCAUGAUGGAAGCAGAAAACAUUGCAAAAGAAGUGAAAGACAAAAUGACCCAGAUUGAAGAUCUGGAGACGAAAAUCGUCCAGCUGCUCCGGGUAAAGAACGAGAAGGCGGUGGAAGUGGACGAACUGCUGCAGAAAGCCGACGACAUCAGGAAGGAACUCACCGACCGGGCCGUGGCUUACGCCAAAUGCUGAAUGGACCGUUUCCCUCUCGAACAUGGGCUGCGCUCUUUUCACUUCACACUCCCGAACUCUUGUUGUUCAAAAUGCAUUUAACCGUGAAAACAUGUCUUUGUGGUCGAGUCAUUAAUAUUACGUUCGAAGGGUUUUGUAAUUUUUACCGUUCUUUGCAUUAUUACAGCUGGUGUUUGCUUGCUUGUUUUCUUACACGUUUAGCUAAGAUCUGUCCAAAAUGGCCAAAUGAGUUUUUGCCCUUUGGGUUAGAAAUGAAGCUCAUCUGUUCACUCCACAUGUGGUCACUGGUUUUGACAGCUGUUCAGUCACCUGCUCCCAAAACUCUCCUUUGCUGCCUCCAAGGCCUUAGCGGGAGCAGCCCCCCGACACCAUUUUGACUUUUCCUCCCCCGAAGCCCUUGUGAGGCCUACAAGAUGUGUUCCAAAGUAAGGACCGAGCAUCUCCACGGUGCUUUGGAGAAAAGGAGGCGACGGCCCUGCGGCUGAAGGACGCGUCCACAACAUAGAGCAUAGCGCUUAGCGCUGAAACGCCGCCGAGGUCAAUGGUGUCAAACCGGGGUUCCUCUGAACAAAGAAAGAGCUAUUGGUCCAUUGGACACAUUUCCGGGGUGUCCUUGUUUCUGUCUUCUUUUCUGUUUCUUAACCCUCUCUUAUGUUCUAGAAUUAAACACGCAG